AUGUUAACGCCAGGAGUGGAGACUACGGGAACAGCCCUCCAGGCUGCUUGUUCAAAAGGACACUACCAGAUAGUGCAGAUACUUCUGGAGCACGGAGCCAAUAUCAACGCUCAGGGUGUAUUCUUUGGCGACAUCUUCAGUAAAAGAUAUGUCAAUGCCCUCCAGGCUGCUUGCGCUCAAGGACGCGACCAGAUCGUGCAGAUGUUGCUUAAAUGGGAAGCCGAUAUCAACGCUUGGGGUGGAGACUACGGAACAGCCCUCCAGGCUGCUUGUUCGAAAGGACACUACCAGAUAGUGCAGAUACUACUGGAGCACGGAGCCGAUGUCAACGCUCGGGGUGGAUACUUUGGAACUGCCCUCCAGUGUGCUUGUUCUGAAGGACACAACCGCAUCGUGAAGAGACUACUUAAGAGCGGGGCCGAUGUUAACGCUCAGGGCGCAAUUCCUUGCGAUAUCGUGGGUAAAAGUUUCAGAAGCGCACUCCAGGCCGCUUGUUCGAAAGGACACAAUCAGAUUGUGCAGAUGUUACUGGAAUGCGGAGCAAAUGUCAAUGCCCAGGGUGGAUACUACGGAACCGCCCUCCAGGCCGCUUGUUCGAAAGGACACAACCAGAUUGUGCAGGUAUUGCUAGAAUACGGAGCUGAUAUCAAUGCCCAGGGUGGAGACUACGGAACCGCCCUCCAGGCUGCUUGUUCCAGAGGCUACGACCAGAUUGUGGAGACACUACUAUGGUACGGGGCUGAUGUCAACGCCCAGGGUUUAUUUUUCAGCGACCCCUUUGGUAAACAAUACAGAAACGCUCUUCAAGCUGCCUACUCACAAGGACACGACCAGAUCGUGCAGAAGCUACUAGAGAAAGGAGCUUAUGCCACGUGUCAGGAUGGAGACUAG